GUGUUUACAAAAACAUUUGAUUUAAUGAAAAAAGGCUAUAGAGGUUGAAAUGCGUAUAACAUCAAAUCGUUAAUAAUUUUAAAAAAAAUUGCUGCGAAAAGCUUAAUUACCCUAUAAUAAUGAGCGUCAUUGGCAAACAAUUAAAUACACUACAAUCAACAAAUAAAUCAAACUCAGUUGAUAAUGACAAAAUAAUACACAUAUGCUCUAUUACUCCAGAAGAUGUGUUACGUCUUAAUAAAAUAAGCGAAGAUUACCUAUGCUCUCCUAGUGCGAACAUAUAUGAAAUUGAUUUUACGCGUUUUAAAAUUCGAGAUAUGGAAAGUGGAGCUAUACUCUUUGAAAUAGCUAAGCCACCAAGUGAACAAUUUAAUGACGGCAACAUUGAUAAUGUGACAGCAGCAGCGGAAGAGCUUAGCUUGGAGGAAAGUUCUGACCCAAAUGCUGGAAGAUAUGUUCGCUAUCAAUUUACUCCAGCAUUUCUUAAUUUAAAAACUGUUGGCGCAACCGUUGAAUUUACUGUUGGAAGCAACCCUGUAAACAAAUUUAGAAUGAUUGAACGCCAUUUCUUUCGGGAUAGGUUGUUGAAAACGUUUGAUUUCGAGUUUGGAUACUGUAUACCUCAUUCCAAAAACAGUUGUGAACAUAUAUACGAAUUUCCAAAUCUUCCCCCGGACCUAAUUUCAGAAAUGAUCGCCAGUCCAUUUGAAACUCGUUCAGACAGUUUUUACUUUGUUGAUAAUCGACUUGUAAUGCACAACAAAGCCGACUAUGCGUACGAUGGUGGAAUACCUGUUUAAAAUUGAAGUGCGAUGUUCACUUUCUUUUGAAGUUUUUUCCAGAAUUAUUCAAAUCAGACCUUUUCAAUAGAACUAUAUUAAAAAAGUAUAUUCUCAUCAAUGUUUUUUUUGCAUGAAGUUUUCAGUCAUGAAGUGUACGAAAAUUACAAAUUUCGGACAAAAACUAGCUUCUAAUAUACAAAAAUGAAAUAAUGAGUAACUUUGCACAUGGAUUCAUGCUGACUGAAGUUUUAUUAAAUUAUGCACUUUUGCACUUUUUAUUUUUUUAGUACAUAUUCCUCGUUUAUUUAUUUUGUCCAAUUUAUAAUUAUUUUACAAUAAAAAAAUUUAAGAACUAAUACAA